AAGGCGGGGUUUUAAACUGUCUAGUUAUUAAAAUAAAAUGGCGGAAAGUUUGAAAGAGGUUCAACAUGUAUGCCCUCUUCUCUUACCAGCUGAUACAAAGCGCCUCAGCUACUCUGGAUUCAUCAGAGUUAAAGAUAAGAGCUUUUACCUUAAAAUUAGUCUUCCUGAUGAUGGUGACGUACAUUAUGCCAAGAUUGAUUGUGAUUGGCAGUUGCGUAAUUAUUUGAGUAAGCAUCAAGCAGUCUUGAAGAAGAAGCUUUUGUUAGCAAGAGAUUUGCCAUCUUUCCUGAUUGACUUUAAAAUGUUACUGAAUCAAAUAAUGUCAUUGCAAGCUCAGCCUCUUCCUCCUCCUAAUUAUUAUUCUCGUUUGAUAUCAGAAAUUGAGGAAAUCGGCUGGAAUAGACUCUCUCAUAUAGAUACAAAGUUUCAAGACAUUCAAAUCACAUUAAAUGAUACAGGUGGCAGGGUUCAUGUCCUUUCCAUUCACUUACCAUAUAAGUAUCCUAUUGAGCCACCUGUCUGUAAUGCUGUACUUCCACUUGCCUUUCAACCAAACUGGUCUAGCUCAACUACACUGGCAGACAUUGUCAGACAGUUUGAAAAGGUUAUCUUGGAGUAUCAAAGGUUUUGGGAUGUGUUGGAUGAGUUAGACAAAAAGACGUGGGUCCUUGAUCCCAGCUCUCCCUCUCUCUCUUCAACUUAUCGUCGUAUAGUUAUCAGAUCUCAUCUCUCAUUGCAAGUGACAAUUGAUCCUUUACAUCCCCAAUUAAUGCCUGAGUGUACUCCACUAGGGCCCACUGAAGAAGUGAAAGUUAUAAAGGACAGAUUGUAUUCAAGAGGCCAGCAAUGCUGGAAUACAAGGUGUUCAGUAUUAGAAAAUUUACAAAAUAUACUCUCUGUUAACUUCCCUUCACCCAUUUCAACAAAAGAAGAAGAUUACAUAAUGGAGUGUGGUAUAUGUUACACCCAUAGACACUAUGAGAAUGGCAGGGCUCCAGACUUCACCUGUGAUAACAAGCAAUGCUCUCAGCCUUAUCAUGUCUCUUGUCUUUAUGAGUGGUUGACCAGUUUAACUUCGACCAGAAAGAGCUUUGGAUUUCUUUUUGGUGAAUGUCUCUAUUGCAAUGAGGCUAUUUCAGUCAAAUUGAUGGUGCCAUCUGUAGAAUAACAUUUUGUAUACGUCUCAAUGAGGAUUCUGUUCAUUGUGUGUGUGUUUGACAGUUGUCUUCAGGCUGUGUGUGUUAACAUAUGAGGUUGCUUUUUCAAGUAUGAGUGCAUCUCCAUGUGUUGUCUUUUGGGAUUAACUUUAAAGUGUCUAGUGUUCUCUACUGAUUUAACAUUAUUCAAUUAAA